AUGAAACAGAACCAGGAUGGUGUGGAGACGGGUCUUCACAAGGAGCUGCAGGAGACUCUGAAGGAUCCAACACUUGCAGCCAGGAAGGAUUUUCAACAUGAGGCAGAGUUACUGACCAACCUUCAGCACGAGCACAUAGUAAAGUUCUAUGGAGUGUGUGUGGAUGGAGACCCUCUCAUCAUGGUCUUCGAGUACAUGAAAUACGGAGAUCUCAACAAGUUUCUCAGAGCUCAUGGGCCUGAUGCCAUGAUCCUGGUUGAUGGACAGCCUCUGCAAACCAAUGGGGAGCUGGGUCUGUCCCAAAUGCUCCACAUCGCAAGUCAGAUUGCUGCCGGGAUGAUCUACCUGGCAUCUCAACACUUUGUCCACCGUGAUCUGGCAACAAGAAACUGCUUGGUGGGCAAUGGCCUUCUGGUGAAAAUAGGAGAUUUUGGCAUGUCCAGAGACAUUUACAGCACAGAUUAUUACAGGGUGGGUGGUCACACCAUGUUGCCUAUUCGCUGGAUGCCCCCAGAGAGUAUAAUGUACAGGAAGUUCACCACAGAGAGCGAUGUGUGGAGCUUCGGGGUCAUCCUGUGGGAGAUCUUCACUUACGGCAAACAGCCGUGGUUUCAACUCGCCAAUAAUGAGGUAAUAGAGUGCAUUACUCAAGGAAAGGUACUGGAGUGCCCAAGACUCUGCCCCAAGGAGGUCUAUGACAUGAUGCUGGGUUGCUGGCAAAGGGAGCCACAACAGCGCCUCGUCAUUAAAGACAUUCAGAAGAAGCUUGUUGUUCUGGUGAAAGCUGCACCCGUUUAUCUGGAUAUCCUGGGAUGA